ACUCUGUCAGUGAAUCUGUGUGAUCCGGAUGUUCGAAUGUUUCCUUCUUCUCCUGCAGCUGCUGUGGAACUACAAGCUGAACCUGACCACCGACCCCAAGUUCGAGUCUGUAGCCGUGGAGGUCUGCAAGACCACCAUCUCUGAGAUUAAAGAGUGUGCGGCGGAGGAGCUGGGGAAGGGCUACCUGGUGUCCUGUCUGGUGGAUCACCGUGGCAACAUCAGCGACUACCAGUGCAACCAGUACAUCACCAAGAUGACCACCAUCGUCUUCAGCGACUACCGGCUGAUCUGCGGCUUCAUGGACAAGUGCAGAGACGACAUCAACGCGCUGCGCUGCGGCAGCAUCAGCACCGGAGAGAAG